CGAAAUUCUUAAGCUGCUAUGCAAGGAACGAGGGUUCAAUCUAUUAUCGAAAGCAACAAAAUUUGCAAUUUAUUUCCCAUAAGCUAUGGCCGAGUUGGAUGCUACAACCCUAUCUGAAUACGAUAUUGAAUAUAUAGACUUUAACAUGACAACUGUGGCGUACCGUACAACCACUGGACACCCGGAUACUAACCUAGGUGCUUGGGGACUUUUGUUCAUAUUCGUCGUAAUUUUUCUUAUCAUUGCUGCCUGCUGUGCUUGUAUGGGUGUUCUCGUCCUUUUUGGUUGUAUGAAGUCCUUUCUCUGUUUUCGCUGUAGACGCCGAGGCGACGAGUUUAUAGGAAGGGAACCCUGACUGUCGUUGAAAUUCUGUCAUUAAAACUGAAACUUGUGCUAAUAAAAUUAUAUGUUUUGUAUGAAUCG